AUGAUCGAUCCAAAUAACUUUGAUACUUUACCCCCCACAUCUACUAUCGGCCCUGUGCCAACUGUUAUUCCUGGGAAUGAGCCCAUCUUUCAAGAAAUGGGCGGUGCUGGACAUCGAACAUUAUGGGUGGUUACGAUCUUAAUGCUGCUGUCCUCUCUUAUUUUCUAUUUACUAGCUGCUCGAGUGCCUGUUCAAAAACGUCUUUUCCAUGUCCUUGUCUCCUUGAUCGCAACCAUAUCUUUCAUUACUUAUUUUGCCAUGAGCACAGGUGGUGGGAAGUCAUAUAACCAUAUUAUUUUUCAUGAACCUCACAAGAAUGACCCCGAUACCUUACAAGACGUAUACCGUGAGGUAUUCUGGGUACGAUACGUGAACUGGGGUUUAACUUUCCCAUUAGUUCUCGUUAUUUUGGUCCUCUUGUCUGGCAUGCAUGGAGCGAGCCUUUUGGUGUCUGUCACCGCGCAUUUCGUCAUGGUGGUGGCGGGUACCAUCAGCGCUUACGGAGGGCCUGGUGGCCGGAAAUGGGCGUGGCAUAUGAUUGCCUGUUUGGCAUAUCUGACGAUUGCGUAUCAAGUCGGGUUCAAUGGACGCAGGGCCGUGGCUGCAAGGGACAACAGGACAAAGACACUGUUUUCCUCUUUGUCCGUCUUUGCGUUGGUUGUAUUGCUAGUAUACCCCGUGAUCUGGGCCUCGUCCUCCAACGCCCGCCGCAUGAGCAUUGACGCGGAGACCAUUGCGUAUGCUGUCUUGGAUAUUUUGCUGCAAGGGCUUUUCGGAUACUGGCUGCUCAUUUCCCACGAUAGCAUGUCAGCCUAUUCCUUAAACAUGGAUGGGUUCUGGGCUCACGGUGUCGGAGGCGAAGGGAACAUUCGGAUCGGUGAAGAGGAAGGAGCGUAA